AUGUCCUGUCGUUCCUUUCGGGUUAGCUCUGGCUACCGAGUUGGCAACUUCAGCUCCUGCUCAGCCAUGAUGCCCCAGAAUCUGAACCGUUAUCAGACCAACUCUGUCUCCUGCCGAAGUGGUGUCAGCUUGCAGGGCUUGGGUGGUUUUGGGAGCCGGAGUCUGUGUAAUUUUGGAUCCCAUUCAUCCCGAAGGAUGGCAGUAGGCUGUUAUCCUAUCCAUUCCGGAGUUGGUUUUAGAUCUGGUGGCAGGAUUGGUUUUGGGACUGGCAGUGGUAUGGGCUUUGGAUUUGGGCCUGGUAGCAGCAUUGGCUUUGGAGCUGGAAGUAGCAUUGGUUUAGGGCCCAGUGGCAGUAUUGGCUAUGGGUUCGGAAGACCUGGUUUUGGGUAUAGAAUUGGUGGAAUUGGAGGCCCAGCUGCUUCUUCCAUCACAGCUGUAACUGUCAACCCGAGUCUACUGACACCUCUCAACCUGGAGAUUGACCCUAAUGUCCAGAGGGUGAAGAAAGAUGAGAAAGAACAGAUCAAGACUCUGAACAACAAAUUUGCUUCAUUCAUUGACAAGGUGAGGUUCCUGGAACAGCAAAAUAAGCUCCUAGAGACUAAGUGGAGCUUCCUCCAAGACCAGAAAUGUGUCAGGAGCAACCUGGAGCCACUCUUUGAUAACUACAUCAGCAACCUGAGGAGGCAGCUGGAUGUGGUUGCCAAUGAUCGGGCCAGGCUAGAAGCUGAGAGGAACCACAUGCAAGAUGUCCUGGAGGGCUUCAAGAAGAAAUAUGAAGAGGAAUUGGUAUUCCGGGCCAAUGCAGAGAAUGAGUUUGUGGCUCUGAAGAAGGAUGUGGAUAUAGCUUACUUAAACAAGUCUGACCUGGAGACCAAUAUGGAAAGCUUAAUCGAUGAGAUCCAAUUCCUGAAAACUCUGUAUGAGAAGGAGAUCGAGUUGCUCAAUUCCCACAUCUCAGAUACAUCUGUCAUUGUAAAAAUGGACAACAGCAGGGACCUGGACUUGGAUGGUAUAAUUACUGAAAUUAAGGCUCAGUAUGAGGAGAUUGCCAGGCGAAGCCGGGCUGAUGCUGAGGCCUGGUAUCAGACUAAGUAUGAAGAAAUGCGAGUAACAGCAGGUGUACACUCUGAUAACCUUCGGAGCACACGUGAUGAGAUUAAUGAACUAAAUCGUCUGAUCCAGAGGCUGAAGACUGAGAUUGAUCAUGCCAAAGGGCAGCGUGCCAAGAUGGAAGCUGCUGUUGCCGAGGCUGAGCAGAAGGGAGAGACUGCUCUCAAUGACGCCAAGGUCAAGCUGGCUGAACUAGAAGGGGCUUUGCAGCAAACCAAGCAGGACAUGGCCUGUCAGCUGCGUGAGUACCAGGAGCUGAUGAAUGUCAAAUUGGCCUUGGAUGUAGAGAUCACUGCCUACAGGAAACUCCUAGAAGGUGAAGAGAACAGGAUAUGUGAAGGUGUUGGACCAGUGAACAUAUCUGUGAGCAGUUCUAGAGGUGGUGUGAUAUGUGGCCCAGAACCCUUUGUCUUCAGCUCCUCCCAUGCCCGAGGUGGCUCUGGCUUCCCUGCAGGUGGCAACAUGUGCACUACGAGCGGGCUCCAGAGUUCUGGGGGUGCCUGGAGCUCUGGUGGCUCCUGUGGCACCGGCCUGAGCCAGGGAUCUAGGAUUUCUGCCAGAGGUGGGGAUGUGGCAGUCACUAGUGGAGGGAGCUCUGGGAUCCCUGGUGAGACCUGUGCCCCCUGCAGUCCCUGUCUCCCCACUCAGGGCUUCAGCAGCAGCAGCGGCAGCCGGAGCAGCUCCACUGUCCACUUUGGAUCCACUACCUCAUCCCGCAGGAACAAGUACUGAAUGAAGAAUCCAGGAUGCUUUUACUGCCUGAGAGAGAGAAAGAGAGAGAGAAAACUAUACUGAAACCCAGAAAUGCCUAAAUAUGGACUUUGUGGAUGAGCUGCCCCUAAAUGAAUCCCCCAAAUUUUUCUUCUGUAGAGGAGCUAUCUAUCUUGUGAGUUAUCUGGAAGCCACAGUUUGUCCCAGGUUAGCUCUCUCUGUGAACCCUGGCAGCUCCUAUCAGUGUAUACUCAGAAUGGAAAAUUAAAGUUAAUUUACCCAUGAGACAUAGUUUUAAAAAGAUCAAUCUGCUGCCAACCAAUGUUUACACGGUCUUUCAAAGCCAAAGAAAUGGAGAAGACAGGGUGGUAGACAGUACAGUAGAGCAGUAGCUAAACUGAACUCGGAGAUCCUGGGUUUAAAUGCUGACUCUGCCAAUUUACUAGCUGUAAACUCAGCUAAAAUCCUUUAUUUCUUUGAGUCUCAGUUGCUUUAAUGUGAAGUUUGGACUAAAUGACCCCUGGUUUUCUCUCAAUCAGAGACAUUUCUCAUUCCAAAUCUUUAAGCCUAUUAUUGUUGGCAUUUAUUUUUAGCUAUCCCUGCCCCUGCCUCCCUCUAUUUGAAGCAGAGUAAUUGUUCUUAAUACAAGUUUCUCUUGUCCAUACUCCCCCUGCUCCCUUUCUCUUUCUUAGGCAAAAAGGAAAUAAUUUUGACCUUUCUUGUAUUCAAAAGUCUCUGCUAUUUUAGAUCCCUUUGGGCCGGAUCUCUCUCUCCAAGAGAGUCCCUCGGUUUGGAGGGUUGGGGUUGUCUGUCCCCAGCUGAAUCUCUUAGGAACUGUGUCUGUCCACUAUGUGUAUGAAUGCUAACUGCUAGAUACCAUAUUUCUGUUGCUGGGUUGUUUGUCUGGCAUUGCAGGACCUAAAGGCUACAACUGCGUUCUUUUAAGGCUGUGCUCAUUAUCUCCGGGAAGGAUAGAUCUUAGGGUGGUCCUCUCUGGACCAUCUGACGGGUGGGAAGUCAAAGAUGAUGCUUUAUCUUCCUUCUCAGAGGUGGUUAGAGAUGCUGGCUGCUUGCGGGCACCAGGAAUAUAUCAAGUUGUGAAGGGAGGAGAGAAGGGAGGGAAAGUGUUUGUAUGCACAUAUAUAUUGUUCUUUGUGUUUUCUGGUGUUUCCAAUAAACUU